AUUUUAUUUGUUUUGAUUUCUUUACUUUUCUCCUUCUUCUUUCCUUCUUCAUCUCUCUUUUUUUUUUUUUAAACAAUGAAAGAAAAUAAUAUCGAAAUUCAGAAUAAUAUGACAGAAGAUGAAGGCUUAUCAGAUACGCCCACAAUUAAAUCUUCUUCUUUGGAGGAAGAAGAAAGAGUAAGUAAAAAUUUCGUUUCACGUGUUAGUUCUAUCCCUAUCGUACAAGAUGGCUUUUCAACAGCACAAAAUAUGGUCAACAAGACAAGUCUAGGUAGAUUCGCUCUUUCUACAGCUAAUUCAAUUACAAAAUAUACAAUACAAGGGAAUCAUCAAUAUCUUCAAACUUAUUAUGAAAAUUAUAUUCUACCUCAUGUUGAAAAGGCAGAUGCGUUUGGAUGUCGUUCUUUAGAUGUUAUUCAAAAUAAGUUUCCUGUUGUCAACCAGCCUACUUCAGAGAUUAUUAAAGUAGUUUCAACUCCUCAUAUUGUAGAUGGUAUGAAGAUAAAACUGGAUUCUUCUUUUAAAGAACAUGCUAGUCAAGUGCUCAAAAAAGCCAAUCAACAAUUUGGAAAUAUGGUUGAUAAUGUAGAAGCUACUAUUGAACACUAUUUUCCUACUACUACUAAUGAUGAACAACAACAACAACAACAAGAUUUAAAAGCGGCGGUAGAUGAAAAUCGUGAAAUGAACUCAGCAGUACGCAUCCUUUCUCUACUAAGUCAUGUUUCGAUUCGUUUAAGUAGGCAUGUAUCAGACCAACUUAAGAAUUCCGCUUCCUACAUUCCUCUUAUUAUGAUUACACGUGAUGAAUUAGCUCGUAUCACAGAAACAUCGGCAUUGAUUCAAAAGACGACAUCUAACAUUCAAUUGUUACAAGAGGCUUUGGUGCAAUCUAUUACGCUUUAUGCUCAAAUAGCUCAAAGACAUCUUCCAACCACGGUUACAGAUCAACUUCAAUCACUUCAGAAUAUAACUCAGGAGAGACUUCAGGUUUUAACUCAACAAGUCUCUCAUCAACUUCAACAAGUGGUUGACUUUGUUAAACUUCAAUCGAAUGAAACCCCUGAAUGGUUAAAGAUGCAGGUUCAUUCCUUUAUUCAGGUCACGAAUAAACAUAUUGAAUUGGUUCGUACUGAAUUUGCUCGCAAAGAUGUUUCAUCCUUUGAAAAGACAAAGAAUGUAGUUCAAGCUCUUCAGAAUCAAGUCUUACCUCUUCUUCAACAUAUUCAAUCUCAGUUGAAUCAUUAUUCGGAUAGAGUUCGUCAAAAAGCUAAUUUGAAAUUUCCUUUGGAAUACCUUGGUUUAGCUCAUGCUUCUACUAAACUGGCUUCCACUUAAUAACAAACAUGUAUUACUAUCUAUUUUUUUAUAUUUAUGGGUCUACUAUAUCAUAUAUUAAACAUUAAUAGUAUUUAUUAAUAUAUAUACAUAUUUAUAUUUAUAUAUAAAUAAAUAAAUAAAUAAAUAUUUUGCUCUAAA